AUGUUCACAUCACAAGUCCGAUGGUUGAUGAUGGUUCUCUUAAUCAUGAUGAUACCACUCGUUGUUGUUGUGGCUAUCCCAAUGACUGCAACAACACUCGAGGAGGUGAAGACUAGAAUUUAUCAAGCUCCCACUUCAUAUUCAAAUAAUAUCAAAUUCACAUCAAGCAAACGAAGCAGUAAAUCUCUCAAAUAUUGUUUAGAAGAACCUGGCUCACUCCGAGAAGGUGAUACUUGUCUCAUGAAAGUCAUUGAUGCUUUUCCAACACAACUUCCAGUCGGUUAUGUAGCUGCUGCUUGUAAACGUGAUCACUUGUUGAAUAUUUUGGAAAAGGAUUCCACAAGUGAUUUUUAUGAUCAUUUAGAAAAGAAUCCAGUACCAGUGGUUUUGGGAUAUUACAAUAAUAAUCAACAUACUCAUUCGAAUAUUUCAUUAUAUAUUACGGAUCAUCAUCACUUGUUGUAUGCCAUUACCUUAUUGAAGAGUAAGGAUUUACCUCAUUCGUAUGCAGACCUGGCAGAUCGUUAUGUGUAUGCAACCAUUCAGAAAGAUUAUUCAAGAAUGGAUCGAAAUACAUUUUGGAGUACCAUGGUACGAAAUAAUUUGACCUAUACCAAUGAUGAAAGAGGAAGACCUUUGAAGGAUUUUCCAGAUUCUCUUCCCACAUCGAUUUUGUAUUUGAAAAACGAUCCAUUUCGAUCAUUGAGUUAUUUUGAUCGAAGAGCAGGUGGUUAUGGUAAAAGUGAAAAAGAGUUUGUGGAGUUUUUGUGGGGAAAUUAUUUGAGAAAUUCAAAUCAAUUUGAAGAUUUGAAUCAAUUUACUGAUUUGACUGAUUUUGAUAAGGAGGCACCAUGGAUUAAGGAUUCUAUUGAUAGAGCAGUGAGACUUUCUCAACUUCCCGCAGCUCGUAACUUACCUGGGUAUGGAGAAGGAACCAUUGAGAAGGCUGAAUGUAAAUAUUUCAAGUAG